CGGCAAUGGUAGUUUAGUCGUUUUAGUCUCUUCGAGUUCUUCGGCAUGAAUAACUCACUCGAUAUUAAACUGCGAGAGAAGAUUGGAAGCGGUAGUUAUGGUGUUGUAUAUGAAGGAAUUUGGAUAACAAAUGCUCGUAAAUGUGUGAAGGUUGCUGUGAAAUGUUUGGAAAAAGGCAAUAAUAAAGAUUCGGAAACAAAUAUUCUUCAAGAAAUCCGCAAUUUACAAGAGCUCAAGCAUGAAAAUAUUGUCACAUUCCAUGGCGCUUAUCACCAAAAAAACAUAUGCCUCAUUUUCGAGUACUCAGACUGUGGAUCACUCGAUGAUUACAUGCAACAAGAGACCGUAAGAGUUUCAAACAUCGAAAAGCUUCACUGGAUGUUGCAAUGUGCCAAUGGCAUGGAAUAUUUGCACAGCAAAAAAACAUUUCAUCGCGAUCUUAAAACUCAAAAUCUUUUACUUUUCAAUAAUUAUCGCACAUUAAAAAUAUGCGAUUUUGGUACUGUAAAACGAUAUGCAACAGAAAAUACGGAACUUAUUGGGACAAUUGGUUAUAUGGCUCCAGAAGUUUGUACUGCUGAUGGUAAAUAUACGGAAAAGUGUGAUGUGUUUAGCUAUGGGAUCACUUUCUGGGAAGUAUUCGCUGAAAAGAAGCCAUUUGAUGACUUACAAAAGAAGAAUAUGCACCCUGUGGCCAUUCAAAAUAAAAUUAAUAACGGUGCUCGUCCAGAUAUAAAUGACAUGCACAUUUGUAAAGGUUCUGAUCUUAUAAAAGCAAUAAUUAAAAAGUGUUGGGAUCGAGAUCCAGAGAGUCGACCGACUAUGAAACAUCUUGUCGCUUUUCUAGGAAUUGAUUUAAGGCUUUACAUACCUAUACACUUCGAAGAUGUAGAUAUUACAGAAUAUUUUAUGAAUGGUAGAUAUGGUCUCUGCUGUAAAGCAUAUUGGCGAUCUGGAUUUUCAGACAAAAAAGUAGAUGUGAUAUUUUUUCAACCAGACAAGCCAAUGGAAAUGGAUUUCCUGAAAGAAGUCUAUAAACUUAAAGAAUUAAUACAUCAAAAUAUUGUGGCUUUAUAUGGAGUUUCUAGGCAAUUUGAAAAUUCGAUUUUCUUGCUUUUUGAGUGUUCAACUGUAUCGAUUCACAACUUAUUUCAUGAUCAAAAAUGUACCAAUAGAGAUUCCUAUCCUAAGCUAGAAUGGAUCUACCAGUGUCUCCAGGGUUUGGACUAUUUGCAUAGCAAUAAUAUAGUCCACGGUGUUCUUACAACUGAAAACCUGUUACUUUUCGACGACUGUCGUAAUGUAAAAAUAUUCGUUAUUGGAAAAGUGGAUCACAUAUAUUUAAAUGCAAUAGCUAACAAGGAAGAGUCAGUUUAUGUUGCUCCAGAAGUUUAUGAUGCUCCAGUUUAUGAGGGUCAUAGCGAAGAAAGGGAGUUCACAAAAGAGUCUGAUAUUUACAGCUUUGGCAUAAUUAUGUGGGAAAUAGUGACUGCAAAGAAUCCAGUUGUCGAAUUCAAAAAUAAACAACCUUCAACUAUUGUGGAAAUUAUUAAUGAUACUAUACACACUAGAACCUCAGAUAUCCGUAAAAUAAGAAACGCUAUUGAAGAAUGCCUGAAAACUGCAGAAUACCGUCCAGAUACUAAGGAGCUGAUUAGAAUGUUAAUUUCUUAACUUAAUGCACUAGUCAAUCUGUGGAAUAUGUGAUGAAAGCUACAGUCUAUGCGACUCUGAGAUAGCCUCUAUCCAUCUUCAAUGAAAGCAAAACAGUACGAUACUAUAGUAAACAUAUAUCAAAAAAUACUAAAAUUAUACAUGGCAAAUAUACUAUGGAAUAAAAAAUAUCAAAUCAA